GACUCUGGGUGCGCGGUAGUUUGGUUUCUGCUCCGGGUUCGCUGUCACAGUCCGUCACUCCCGGGAGCCCGGGACAGACAGGGCAACGCCCGUGUGUGUGUGAGCGGGACUCAGGGCAGAGGCGUCCUCUCGCUGUCUUUUUUUCUUCCUUUUAUCCAAAGAAGGGGGCAGUUCUCGCGCUUGCUUUCCUGUCGCCCCGUGGGGAGCGGGGUUGGUGUGCGGAGUGGUUCGUCUUUUUUUCUUUUAAACUUGUGAACGUUUUUGUUUUUAUUUUUUUCCUCCCCCUUUUUUUAGGCUCAGUGCCGUCUGGACUGGUUUCAUUGGUCCCUGACUAACCGCUUUCUGCCCCUUCUCUCGCCACCCCCUCCCAAGGUCGCCCCUCUGCCCUCGCCCCUGGCCCGGGGGGUGGGAAGCUUUGUCAGGCUCCCUGCCCACUCGAGUCUCCGCAGCGUAGCAGCACCUGCUUCAGUAUGAACGGGGUCAAUGACCCCCCUCUUUUUAUAAAAGAUAUUAAGCCCGGACUGAAAAACUUAAAUGUCGUCUUUAUUGUGCUGGAGAUAGGACGCGUGACCAAAACCAAAGACGGCCAUGAAGUGAGAUCAUGCAAAGUAGCAGAUAAAACUGGCAGCAUCACUAUUUCCGUGUGGGAUGAAAUCGGAGGUCUUAUACAGCCAGGGGAUAUUAUCCGGUUGACCAGAGGGUAUGCAUCCAUGUGGAAAGGAUGUCUGACACUUUAUACUGGAAGGGGUGGAGAACUUCAAAAAAUUGGGGAAUUUUGUAUGGUUUAUUCAGAAGUGCCAAAUUUCAGUGAACCUAACCCAGAUUAUCGAGGACAGCAGAACAAAGGGGCACACAGUGAACAGAAGAAUAAUUCCAUGAAUAGUAAUAUGGGUACAGGUACAUUUGGACCAGUGGUUUAUCUUCAGAUUGAUGCUCACCUUAAUUUUUCACAUCCUCAUGGCUGCCUCUUUAAAAGACUGCCCUUUACCCCUCAAAUACUCUCAAAGGAAACGGUGUUCAAACUGGCUCAGAAGCGAGGGGAUGCCAAUUUUCAUAUGCUGGUAGAAGCAAUGGCCGGGGACCUGUAAAUCCACAGCUACCAGGAACAGCUAAUAAUCAAACAGUCAUGACCACAAUAAGUAGUGGCAGGGACCCUCGGAGAGCCUUUAAAAGAUGACCUAUGCCAAAUACGCACAUGUAGUUUUUAAACUACAUGCCCUACUUGAACACUUACUGCACUUUUAUUUAUUGUUAACUGUGAAAACUGUCCUUUAUUGGUUUCCUUUUAUGUUUUUGGUUUGUUAACAAGAGUGGUUUGUUUUUUAUAGCAGAACUGUUAAGCUGCUCGAGUCUCCUAUUGAAGAAUGGGAACACUCUGAAGAAUAGGGGCAUUUAUUUUUAGAGCAAAAAGAUCUUUGGAUAUCCUCUAAAAUACCUGCACCCAUUUCAUGGGUGAGUUACUUACAACAUCAGCAUUUUAGCCUCUAUGAGUCUAUUUUCUGUAUAAACUUUGUAAUAUUUAAAAUAAGGCUUAGUGGGAGAUGUUCUUUUGUCUUAAAAACAGAUAUUGCCAGCUAAAGCAAUAACCACCAAAAAAACAAAAACAUGGUUAAUGCUAACAGCAAUUUUUGAGUGUUUUUGACUCCAGGAAUGAUUGACUUCUUCAUUGAGUGACUGCCAUUAAGAUUUUCCAGGGACUGAAUCAUCCUAAACUCUUGUUCUGUUACCAAAAAACAUAUUCUUUAUCAGAAUUAUGGAAUAGAAUGUGAUCUGUAUUAUAACAAGAAAUUUUUAGAAGAAAGCUACACUUACUUUAUCUUAGGGUAGUCUUAUUAAUACUUAUCAGCUUUGUGCAUUACACUGAAUGGAAAUUUAAAACUGAGGCCUUGAAUGUUUAUUUUCUUAAACUACUAUGUCAAAUAUUGAAGUUUAAUUUGAGGGAGUUAUGAAGACAUAAUAAACAUUGAUCUAAUUUUUACAAAUUAUGGUAGAUAAAUAUUAUAAUGAAGGCAGUUCAAAUUGAAUUUAUGUAGAAAAAUGUAAUCUUAAUUUAUAGCGUCCUAGGUCCUUGCAGAAACUCAGCCUGGAGUGAAAUUCCUAGGUUCUUACUUUAUUUGAAGGGUAUGUGUGUGUGUUUAUUGUCAGUUUCUGAACACAAUUCACAAAGCCUUAUCAGCAAAAGUUAAGAAAUGGCUCUCUCAAAGAAGCAAAUACAGCUUUAUUUAGAAAUGUAAAGGUAGAAUUUAUUUAUGUGUUGUAAAUGGUGUCCAGUUCCACUUUUUACUGUAGGGUGGAUAACUGGUAAAUUUUUCCUUUGUUGGAAUUAAACUCUUCUUCAACAUUAUCUCUUGAAUAAAACUUACGUUAAUGUUAACA